AUGUAAAAAAUGAUUUCCAGAAGUCAUUUUCCUGCCUUCCAAACGGACCCCUAAUUUGAACUCGGAGGCUGUGGGUGGAGAAUAUGAUCCGGUUGCUUUCAAUUAUCGGGGCAUCGGAACACUGAUAAGUUUUGGCUGCUUAUUUGGAGUUGGAUUGCUGCCUGCAACACCCAAAGUUUUUAUCAUCCAAUGCUAAAUGUUUCAAAAGCAUCUUCUUCGCUCAACCUCCAGAACUCUCUCUUCCCUUACUGUUUCUGCUUCUACAUUGGCCUCAACCCAUUAUUCCCAUUCCGGUGUUGAGGAGGUUUUAGCAUCCAAACUUGCACCAAUCUUAUUACAGUGCACUUCUCUUUCAGACAGUUCUUCCCCAGUUCUUCAAAAAGGCUAUCAAAUUCAUGCCCAAAUAAUUGUAAAUGGAAUGAAAAACAUGGGUGUUCUAGGGUCCCGAGUCCUGGGGAUGUAUGUUCUCUGUAACAGAUUUUUUUAUGCAAAGAAAUUGUUUUGGCAGCUUAAUCUAUACUAUGCAUCUCCUUGGAAUUGGAUGAUCAGAGGGUUAACUGUGAUGGGUUAUUUCAAUUAUGCACUUAUGGUUUACUUCAAGAUGCUGGGUUUUGGUACUUGGCCUGAUAAGUACACUUUUCCUUAUGUGAUUAAGGCCUGUGCGGGUUUGCAUGCAGUCAUGUUGGCAAAAUCAAUACAUCAAUGGAUUUUUAGUUUGGGUUAUGAGUUAGAUAUAUUUGUUGGGAGUGCUUUGAUUAAGCUUUAUGCUGAAAAUCGUUGCAUGAACGAUGCACGGCGUUUGUUCAACAAAUUGCCUGUGAGGGAUAGUGUUUUGUGGAAUGUGAUGCUCAAUGGUUAUUUAAGUUAUGAAGAAUCUAUGGAUAGUGUGGUUGGAUUGUUCAUGCAGAUGAGAUGGACUGAUACUAAGCCAAAUUCUGUGACAUAUGCGUGCGUCCUUUCGCUUUGUGCUUCUGAAGGAAUGGUUGAGUUUGGGACUCAACUUCACAGUCUUGUUGUAAAGUGUGGAUUGGAAGUAGAUGCUCAUGUGGCCAACACAUUGAUAACGAUGUAUAUGAAAUGCUUUUGCUUGUUUGACGGCAAGAAGUUGUUCGAUACAAUUGGAAAAAGUAAUUUGGUUCCAUGGAAUAUAAUGAUUGGUGGAUAUGUCCAAAAUGGGUUUAUGGAUGAGGCAUGGAAUCUGUUUAGUGAAAUGAUAGCUAUAGGUGUUAAACCAGAUGGCAUCACCUUUGCAAGUUUGCUACCCUCAAUUUCUGAAUCUGGAAAUCUGUGUCUAGGUAGUUCUAUUCAUGGAUACAUUUUGAGGCACAAUGUCUCCUUCGAUGUGUUUUUGAAAAAUGCACUCAUUGAUAUGUAUUUUAAGUGUAGGAGUGUUGAAAUGGCCCGCAAUGUUUUUGAGGAUAACAUGCUUGUCGAUAUUGCAAUUUGCACGUCUAUGAUUUCAGGAUUCGCUGUGAAUAGGUUGAAUCUUGAUGCCCUAGACGUGUUUAGAUGGAUGUUGCGUAAGCGAAUGAGGCCAAAUGCACUUACUCUCGCAAGUGUGUUGCCAGCUUGCACUGAAUUGGCUGCCCUGAAACUUGGUAAGGAGUUGCACGCUACCACCUUUAAACAUGGGUAUGUAGGAAAGUGCUUCGUGGGUAGUGCCUUGACAGACAUGUAUGCAAAAUGUGGAAGGUUAGACCUUUCUCAUCGAGUGUUCUCAUUGUUGUCAAAAAAAGACAUGGUUUGUUGGAAUUCCUUGAUCACCGGAUGUUGCAAGAAUGGAGAACCCGAACAAGCCAUUGAUGUUUUCCGCAAGAUGGGUGCAGAAGUAUCUAAGUAUGACUGUGUCAGCAUAUCAGGUGCUCUUUCUGCAUGUGCAGACAUAGCAGCCCUCCAUCAUGGAAGAGAGAUUCAUGGCUUCAUGAUCAAAGGUUCAUUUUAUAAUGACCUUUUUGCUGAAAGUGCACUGAUAGACAUGUAUGCCAAAUGCGGAUGCUUGCAUAAAGCACGCACUGUGUUCAAUUUCAUGAAGAAGAAAAAUGAAGUUUCAUGGAAUAGUAUCAUUUCUGCUUAUGGAAACCAUGGUCUAUUAGAUGAAUCUCUAGAUUUGUUUGUUGGGAUGGAAGAAGACGGGUUCCGGCCUGACCAUGUCACUUUCCUUGCUAUCAUAUCUGCUUGUGGUCAUGCUGGUCGGGUUGAACUAGGGAAGUGCUAUUUCAAUUCCAUGAUCCCAGAAUACGGCAUCAUACCCAGAGUGGAGCAUUAUGCAUGCAUGAUCGAUUUGUAUGGUAGGGCUGGUUGUUUAGAGGAAACAUUCAAACUCAUAAAAAACAUGCCAAUUCCCCCAGAUGCCAGCAUCUGGGGUGCAUUGCUUGGUGCCUGCCGAGUCCAUGGCCAUGUUGAGCUAGCAGAAAUGGCUUCAAAGUAUCUAUUUAACCUGGAUCCACAAAAUUCUGGCUACUAUGUUUUACUAUCGAAUCUACAGGCUGGCACUGGAGAUUGGGAGAGAGCAUCGAGAACAAGAAAUUUGAUGAAGGAGAGAGGAGUCCAGAAAAUACCCGGUUAUAGCUGGAUUGAAGUUAACAACACCACUCAUAUAUUCGUUGCUGCAGAUAAAUGUCACCAAAAAUCCGCUCAUAUAUACUUCAUUUUGGAUAAUCUUCUUAGGGAGGUGCAGAUGGAGGGGUAUUAUCCUUAAACGUAUCUCCAACAUCAUGUUACUUCUACCAGUGCUGAUAAACUCUCUUAUUAAUAGCUCCCAAUGAUCCCGGAGCUCUAGAGAAUAUCGGCUCUGUACUCGGUGUGGAUGAGGAUGCACUUGUGUUUGAAAGAGGACAUCAUGUUUGGUUCAAGGAAUUCAAAAGGAAAAGAAAAGAAAAUGGUUUUC